UGGUCUUGCCUUAUCGAGUAGUUUCCGCUGCUACGCAUACAUACAUACUCUCUUUGGACCAAGGGUGGCGCUCGAUUCGACUUCUCUCCAGAAAAUAUACUAAGUCUAGGGUUCCCUCCCUUUUGAAAAUUUCUAUGGUUCUGUGGUGUCAUUCGUUUUGUUUCCCCCCCUAUAACCUCAGAUCUUUCGUUUGCGAUCGGGCAGGAUGCAGUUCCUUUCGUUGCUUUUGCUAUGCCUGACGGCAUUGCAACCAGCGCUGGCCGUUCUCGACGUUACUGGAGCCCCUGCUUGUGGUUUAAAAUGCAUCCUAACAUCGACUGCCAACUCGGACUGCUCAACGAGCAACACUACUUGUAUCUGCACUACUGCGUCGCUACAAGCACAAAUUACCGAAUGCGUGACUGCUAGCUGCUCGAUCCGUGAUCAAUUAUCUACGAAGAAAUUCUCGGCGGAAACAUGCGGCAUAGAAGGCGAGGAUAGACGUGACCUUAUUCGUAUCCUUGCGAUGGUCUUCGGAGCAAUUGGGCUUCUGGCUUUCAUUCUACGGUGCACUGCAAGACUUAUUGGGCCACAUGAUUGGGGUCAUGAUGAUACUGUUAUGUGUUUUGUUAUGGUCCUGGCGAUUGGCCUCGCAGGUAUCUCCAUCCCUAUUACCGACAACGGGCUCGGUCUGGACAUGUGGUUCGUCCCGCAUGAUGAUAUAACAGAGGUCCUUCGGCUGUAUUUUUUCGACGAAUUGUUAUACAUCACGGCCCUAGCUUUGACCAAGAUUUCCAUUCUCUUCUUCUACCUGAAGGUCUUCCCGAAGCGGUCAUUUCGUCUAUGCACAUAUGCUCUCAUAGCCAUCAACUUAGUUUACGCCAUCACCUACGAUUUACUUCUGAUCUUCCAAUGUAAUCCGAUAAAGGGGGCCUGGCUGCAAUGGGACGGCGAAUUCGAGACGCAAUGUAUCAGCAUCAAUGUGUUGGGAUGGUCCGCCGCAGCUAUCAACAUCGCUUUGGAUCUGGCUGUCAUUAUACUUCCGCUCCCCGAACUGUUCGCUCUGUCCUUGUCGCUAAGAAAGAGGCUGCAAAUUAUUGCUAUGUUUACUGUCGGUUUCUUCAUUACAAUCGUCAGCAUCGUCCGUCUUAACUCCCUCAUCCGAUUUGGUAACACUCAAAACCUCACGCAGGACUAUGUUGAGACGGGAUACUGGUCGACAAUCGAAGUUCCUGUAGGUAUUGCGUGCGCAUGCAUGCCGGCAGUGCGAUCACUCUUCAGUCUUGCGCUUCCGAAGUUGUUCGGUACCACUCGCGCGACCGGCGGUUCGACAUUCAACAGCUUCGGACCAUCCUCUUCUGGCAAUCGGCUAGGAGACUCCCGGGCUAAGAUCAGCAUCAAGCAGGAGUGGUCAGUUCUUAGCGAGGGCCCUGCCGAAUUCGACACCGAACGACACGGACGUGACGAUAGCGAUGUCGAACUCUUGAAUGUGGGCGUGGCUACCACCGAGGGUAGCAAUCGCCCAACCCGGAAAAUGACCCUCUCGAAGAACGGCGGUGCGUGGCGAGGCAUGAGCAUUCCGGAGCAGCAAGAGGAGACGUACAAGUCGGUCGCUUUCACGGGAGAAAGAGAGUUGCGGUAGAGAAGCCUGGUGUCGUAGUCUUGUAUAAGUUAAAUUCCGAACUAGUUCGCUCGGUAUUAGAUCUUUAAAGAUAUAUCGUCUUUUCUUUCCAAUUUUUACACCAGGUUUUGAGCGGAGAGGACUUCUUCCCCCGUGAAAUGAUUACGGAGUUGUGAGCGGAAGUGGUGGAGGAAAAGACAUCAUGGAAAUGCGAGGCCAACCGGUGUUACGGAAGUCGAAAAAGUUGAUGAUAAAACCAUUCAUCACAGUACAGCCCAGUCUUAUUAUUCGGAUGGCUCGGCUCUAGUACAAUGUUUCUUCCUCAUGACACUACGCAAGGUAAUGAACAUAAUGAA